AUGGAAAAUUUUGCCUAUUCAGAGUUGCAUGAACCUGACCAAUCUGCGACUCUACUAUCUAUCCCGCAACUAUCACCAGAUCUUAAAGAUGCGUCUCGGUACUCCGUCCAGGCCGUGGUUACUCUCGUGUGGCCAUUUUCCUCUUCGAAUCGCUUGUUCAGCCUUCUACUCUCCGAACCAGACUUUCGCCUUCGAAAUCAAAAUGGUCAGAUCAGGGUGACAUUUUGCGGAUGUUGCGCAGAGGAGGUUGCCCGCACCAAGGUCGGUAUCGGUGAUACAGUCACUUUGAGCUUGCAGGGUGCGCAAUGGACAGAGAACCAGAAAAUCCAAUCAACUCCUGGGAAGUCGUUGGGUUGGGAACUGCAGUUCAAGAAUCAGGUCAAGCUUAAGGCAACCAGAAACGGAAAGAAGACUGCGGCACUCGAUUAUUUGCAGCCGGAAUCACCCAAACAUUUUGCGCUAACUGCUGAGCCUACCACGCCUGCCCUACUUUCUGCUCGUCUUCCCUCGCCAAUUCUCUCGGAGGAGAGAUGGGAGACACCUGCAUUUCUACGUACGAAACGACUUCGUUCGCGGAGCCCUGUGCCUUCCACCUAUGAUAUAUUCGCAGAAGAAGAUGGGUUUGUUCCAGGUAUAGGCAGGAAAAGACCGAGAUUCAGUUUUCCGAAUAGCCAAUGGCGAUUACUGGACGAAUCUGACGACCAGGCGGAAGAUAUGGUUGGAAAUGAUGAGAACUGGUUUGACUCUGAUGAGGAACUGCUAGGUCGAGAUGCAGAUGCAGAUGAUACUGCGCCGGUCGCCGAACCUAUCUAUAAAGCUGACGAAUCUGCUGAAUCGGCGCAUAUUACGAGUCCCACGGAAGACAUAGUAGGCGAUAGAGUUCAAUUUGUUGAGCCUGAUACGCCAGCACAGAGCACACAGAUUAAGUUUGACGAUGCCCAGGAGAUUCAGAUCAUAGAGCCGUUCAGGGAAGAGACUGCUACCGAGCCCGAUUUAACAGAUACACAAAUCUCUUUAGUCACCCCGCGUCUUGAUCCUAUAACCUCUUCUAGUCUCCCAACGCCAUCGCCUUUGGUGUUCACGCCGGUAGACUCUACGACUAUUUUCAAAGGGCCGUCUAGCAAUAUACCAAUCUCUCAACUGCAAUUCUCCCAUAACGCAAGCCCAUUAGGCGCUACAGGAUUGCACGAAUUAGAUACUCAACCUCGGAGUAUCACUAACCGAAACCUGGAACCAAACUUUCGAUCAGCACACCUGGACAUGGAGACUUCAGAAGUGGUUCACGAUGGAAAAUCUCUGCAAAGUAUCCACAGGCACUCGCCCUCGUCAGAAGUCACUUGUAUAAAUGAAUUUACUGUAGGACAGGUCGAUGAACCAGCUGCUUUCGAUAUUGAUGGACCUGAAAGCACGAAUAAGGCUGUAGAGGAUGGAGACGACUUGAAUUUUGAGUUGACCCAAGAUGGUCUUCUCGGGCAGAGCGGCGGCGAGUCAACAAGUGCAUAUCGUUCGGUGUAUGACGGUGGUGCUGAAGCUGAUCUUUAUGGUUCGGAAUCUGAAGGCGUUGUGGAGAACGAAACGUUAUCAGAGGUCAUUGAGAUUGAUAACACAAGUCCUGAUGGCUACAGAAAGAGAAGUCCGAGGCCAGAAGAAGUCGAAUAUGAUGAGAGCGACUUGGAAGAUAGAGAAUUUUCUGAUGAUGUUGAAGGAGAUGAGGAUGAGAUGAUGUCUGAGAAUUCUGAGCAAUCCGAUACUGGAACUGGAUAUGAAGAGGAGAGCGCUGAUGAAGGUUACCGAGAGACAUUGACAUCAAGAACCUCACAGCGUAUUGUCCAUCCUGAAGUGAUCGUUUUAGAUAGUGAUAGCGAGGAUGAGCCACAUGUAACACCUUCGAACACGCAUGGCAAUGAUGCUCUCAAUGGUACAGGAAAAUUAUCACAUUAUGAUGACGACGAAGAUGAAAUCACAAGCCAGGACAGUGACCACAUGGAAGAAGACAGGGAUGCAGACAACGAUGAAGAAGAUGCAGAGGAAGAUGAAGACGUGGCUCCAAGCGAGACUCAGGCUCCGGAGUCCGAAAAUACCGGUCUGGAACAAAUGCCCAUACGUGAGGUGUAUGACCUAGACGAAACAGGCUAUGCACCAGCAGAAGAGGCUGAUGAACAUGAAGCUCCUCCUAGCGACAUGGACGAGAUUGUAUCUCUACAACAGGACGAUUUCGAAGGACCCCGACAAUUAGAUACUCGGAAAGUACACUUGACACCUGGCACCACAAGCGAUGCGUCCAGCGUUAAUCAUGAUAUGAUGACGCGUGAAGAGCAAGAAGACGACAGUCUUUUAGAUGUCAAAGAAGUGUCAGAUGAGGAGAAUGAUUUCGAUGCUAAGGAGGAGCAGUUUCCGGUCCCAGAGGGCCAACCAUUACUCCAGGAACAGUCUACGAGCCCAACCGGCAUCAUGCAGCGACUGGCGUAUCGAACUGUAUCACCAGCGCCGGUACCUACUCCUCCGUCAACUGUGAAUGACGAGGCUCAAUACAAAUAUUUUGAAAGUACUCUUCGCAGUUCAGAUGACUAUGACUCCACGCCCAAAUCGGAAAUGGACGAGGCGAAGGUUAAUAAUAACCGUCACCAUCGGUGGAUUGAUGGUUCCGAUGAACAGCCUUUGCAAGACUCUAACCGACAAUUGCCAAUUGAAGAGAGUCUGAUUCAUGAUCUUACGGAUGAGGAUGAAAACACCUCAGAGAAGCUGGAUGAAGCUAUCCUUAUAAAGGAUCAUUCAUUUAUACGAACGGAGACCGAAAGUCAUGAAGUAGAUGAAGUCAAAACGCCCUACUUGCAAGUUGAUCACACGUCCCCCAUGACCGUAACGCCAAAGUCGCAAGGCUAUAUUACUCUCGCUAUGCUCGGUGAAUGGCUCAAUGAAACUGUCGACGUUAUUGCUGUGGCUGUCGAUGUGUCACCUACUGGACCCUCGACCACUAAGACUGAGGAGAACCAUAUGAGACUACGAAUUACCGACGUAUCUAUGGCAGGUACAACCGUCAUUGUGGAUAUAGUCCAGCCAACAGAAAUAACACUACCCAGAGUGACGGAAGGCGACGUGGUUUUGCUCUACGCCUUCCAAGCCCAAACUAGCAACAACUGUAUUGAGCUACGAAGCUCCAACGACAGUGGUUGGGCCACUAUCAGUCCCUCAGCUGACCUGCCUCAUGUAACUCAUUCCAACGUGACUUUUGGCGAGCGAGAACGUGGGUACGUGAGAUUAUUGCAAAGUUGGUUCCAAGAAGAUGGUGCUGCCAUGGCGGCCGACCAUAUGCUACAGAUUUCUAUCAGUCAAGAGGAGAAGCAGCCUUCUCCUUUCAGCGCAGCGUCCAGUGAUGCUGGCAGCUUACAGUCAACCAGUAGCGGACCGGUCUCUCGACCUCGUCCACGACGGAAAAAAGGUCAUCGACGUCUCACAAUACACGAACUGAGAGACGGGAGGAGAUAUACGGAGUUCGGGUGGCUAGACAGUGACUCCAUACAUGAGCUGCGGGAUGGCACAGUGUAUGCUCACUCGUUUGAUAGAGAUUGA